AUUGAAGUCCCACGCAUCAACCCCCCCAACUUCAUCCCUACCAUAACUCACUCAAAUAUCAAUAUUUUUUGAUGGUCUCUUAAUCAAUGGAUGCCCCAAAGACCCCUAAACAAGAUUGCAGUCUGAAAUGUCCUGAUACCUCCGAGCGGUCCCACUACUUUGAGGCCUAUGAUCGAUGCCAUGAUGACAAGACUCUCAAGCAGAUAGCAGAAGAACACGGUAUCUGUGUGUGCACAGAUACCGUGUUCUUCAUAGAAUUACUAUAGAAGAAGUAAGGGCAAGGAUCAGAGAGAUGCCAGAGAGAUGUGAACAACUCAGGGGAAAUGGUGGUGAAAAGAUAAGAUCGGCAUUGUGGUAAUGCCUCACUACACCACAAAACCCUCUUGUAUAGCCCUGUACACCUAUAUCAAUAGC